AUGACUGAAGUCGAGCCUGCUCACGAGGAAGAGACAAAGCCUACCGUUUCUUCAAGUGUAGCUGAAGAAUCUCCUACGAAUGCUUCUUCCACGGCAGCCGCCGCUGCAGCUGCUUCUUGGAAAAGUCGAUUUCCUGUCGCUCGUAUAAAAAAGAUUAUGCAAGCUGACCAGGAUGUUGGCAAGGUAGCUCAAGUUACUCCAGUAAUCAUGUCCAAAGCCAUAAUAAAUGAGUCUUGCCAGCAAGCUCGUCUGCAUCAAGCCAAGCGUGUAACCGUUUCGCAUCUGAAACAUGCGGUGAAAAGUGUUGAACAAUUUGACUUUUUACAAGACAUUGUUGAAAAGAUCCCUGACGCUCCACCUAUCAAAGCCGAACGAAAACCAAAACGCCCUCGUACUCGUCGCUCCCCCCAGAAUCCUGAAAACACAGAGACAACUCGUCAAGCUUCGAAAAAAUCAAAGACAAAGGAAUCUAAAAAAGCGGCUGAAUUAGUUAAAGAAGAAGAAGAAGAACAUGAGCAUGAGCAUGAGCAUGAGCAAGAACAAGAACAAGAACAAGAACAAGAAGAAGCGGCAGUUGAAUCAGAAGGUGAAGGUGAGGCUGUUAAAAAGGAAGAAGCGGCUGAGGCAGAUGCUACUUCUGAAAAAACAGCCAGCGAAAACUCAAAUUCUUCUGGUGAAGCUUAA